CUCUGCUCUCUUUUCUCUAUUCAGUCUCUCAACUCUCACUCUCGGGUUGCGUGGUUGUGUUCAUCUUGGCCCUAGGCCUAAUCUACCUCCUGGACAUUGCCUGCCGCCUUGGCCCUACCUUGUAGGCUAGUGAUCUAGAUCUAGGAGUUCUAGGAGUGACGAAAUCCUCAGUAUCCUGUUACAGUACCUGUUUUGUGCUGUGCCGUGUACUGUCGUGUGUUGUCUGUGAAGACUGAAUUUAUUCCUUUACAAGUAUGGCUGAAGAAGUCUCGCAACAGAAUGGCUGCCUGGAAAAUCCAUUGUAUGACCCUGAAAUACUGUACAGACUGGACCCUAGCAAGUUCAAAGGUGAAUACUCCGAGGGUUUGUCACCUUUGAAGCCUGGAGGGACUCUACGUACACGACCUCUCUGUUUAGACGAUUACGAGAAAGGGUACAUGGAAUUACUGAGUCAACUAACAGCGGUGGGUGAGGUGUCAAAAGAGCGAUUUACUGAGAGAUUCAACAAAAUGAAAGCUUGUGUGGAUACGUACUUUAUAACUGUCAUAGAAGAUGUGAAGCUUGGGAUUAUUGUUGGCACGGUCACACUGGUGGUGGAGCAGAAGUUUAUACACGGGGCUACCGCUAGAGCGCGUUUAGAAGAUCUGGUUAUCAAUGACGCUUACAGAGGAAGGCAGCUGGGAAAAAUGUUGUUGGAUAUAAUUGUGGUGAUGAGCGAGGUGUUCCACUGCUACAAGGGUUCCCUGGAGUGCAAAGACCAUCUGGUCAAACUGUACUCUCAGUACGGAUUUGAAAAAACUCCAGGUCAAAACUACAUGCAACAAAAAUAUUUUGACUAGUCGCAAAUGGAAAUAUCAGAACAGCUGUGAACAUUGUUGAAGUUGAGCUUUAUUCCAUAUAUAGCUGUGUGUGCUUGUUUGUGUUUGUCUUGUCUGAUGAGGGUCAUAGUGGUACUGGUAUGAUACCAAUUGACACUGAUUCAGACUCUUUUUUUUCUUCUUCUUUAAUCCAUUGUUUGUGUUCGUCUUGUCUGAUGAGGGUCAUAGUGGUACUGUUAUGAUACCCAUUUACAUUGAUUCAGACUUUUUUUUCUUUUCUUUUUCUUUUCUUUCUUUAAUUUUAAUCCGUUGUUUUGUCUUCCACUAAAAAGAUGCAAAGUUGUUGAGCUCAAUCACAGGUUUCUACCAACAGUUGUUCCUUCUUCGUUAACAUUCUUUUGUUUUACUUGUAUGACCUUUGCCUUAUUAAGAGCUUUCUGAUGAUCUUUAAGCUCAGUCUUAGGUAAGUAGAUCUGGAUGAGCAAGAACAUUGUUUCGUUUUUUACUUAUGAGGAAAAAUCUCAUCUUUAGACUUUCAGCUUGUGUGUCGUUUCAUCUCUGUAAUCUGCCAAAAAGAUUGAUUUGUUAGCUACUCUGCUGCCAAAAAGAUUGAUUUGACAACUUUUGCCUAUAAAGUUCUCUUUCCUAUGUCGCCGCAGGAAUAAGAUUAAGACUUGCAGCUGCCUGCCAAUUUGUUCAACCGAUUGUGGGGUUUUUUUUUCCAGCUCACUGGGACUUUUCAGAAACUGUCUUUUCAUUCAACAUAUGCUGCUAAAGAGGGUCUUGUGCAUUGUUUUAUAGCCAUUGUGGUUGUUCAUGCAGCUUCCCUCACUUAUCCGAUGGGUUUUGAAAGAUCUGUUGUCAAGUUUAUGUCGACCCGUUUUUGUCAUGACACUGGUAACUGGUUUGUCAGUGAGUUGUUUUAAUUUUGUUGCAUUAAGCUAAGCUUCUUUUAGACACACAAUUAAGUGUGUAAUAUUAUUGCAGUGGUUGUGGCAAUUCCAAAUUUUUAUUGGGUUUUUUUUUUAUAUUUUUUUUCAUAUAUGCCUCGUUAUCUUGUGAUCUGAGGAUAUCAUGGGUUUCUGUUUGCCUGAAAAUGUUCUCUUGUCACCAUUUGUAGGCUUGCUUUGCAGGGAUGUUGGUUGGAUGUAUAUCAGCUAUAAAUGCUUUGAUUUGAAGGGUUUAUUUUGUGUUCAAAGACUGCGACUUGCCCAGUGACUGUGUGAUGUUGAUUUACGUGUUCUGUCAAAAAUGUGAUGUUGAUUUACGUGUUCUGUCAAUGAUGUCAUGUUGAUUUACGUGUUCUGUCAAUGAUGUGAUGUUGACUUACGUGUUCUGUCAAUGAUGUCAUGUUGAUUUACGUGUUCUGUCAAUGAUGUGAUGUUGACUUACGUGUUCUGUCAAUGAUGUCAAAUGAAAUGGCGAAAGGAGGGGUCUUUCCAGAGAGGUUCCGACUCGUAUAAGAUCCCCCAGUACAUGUUGGGCACACCUGUGCCAUUAGCUCAAAGAUUAUACAGGUAUUAUGAUGAACUAUGGUGUGGGUGAUCCUGAUUUCAAUCUCCAACAGGCAUUCUUUCUUAAAUUUGGGAUGUGUGGAGAGCUUUCAGGAUUCUCCACCUUGGUUCAGUCGUGUCGGAGAUGAAGCUUUUUUGAUUGAGAGGUCCUGCCUCUUGGUUAAUCUAACAGAGUUUAAAAGUAAUGUUAAAUUGUUCCUGUACUAUUCCUUAUGGCUGUGUUACUCUUUUGUCAUUUUUAAGGUUUCUGGGUUUUAAAAAAAAUUAUGACUCGAAUAGGAAGGUGCUGACUUAAAUUAUUGCUUUUGUAGGUAAAGAGAUGGUAACAUAUUUUUUUUUUUCAAAACUGUUUGAAGAUGCAAAAGACAAAAUGGCUGAACAUUGUGAAUGUGUAAUAGCAAGGCGGAGAGGGUUGGAUAUGGGGCUGUGUUUGCUUGUUGUUUAUUAUUUGUUUUAUGGCUGUUGACUGUCAGUGACUAUGUUGUGGUUCCGUAUUGACUAUUAUUUUGGUCUUCAGUUGCUGGUUUUGGGGAUUUAAAAUUUGUUUUUCUUCUUUUGCUUAAUGUGAAUUACGAUUUGAUUAAACUAUUUUGAAGAGGCUACCGGGGAGUAGGCCUACCAGAUAUCUCAAAGGGUUAAUCACCAUAUCAGUUUGUUAAUGUUUUCAAAAAUGCCAGCCAGCAAGAUGUCAGUCGUGUCUUUCAGCAGUGAAGACCGAUGUGUAAUGAAAAACUUGUGCCUUGGGAGCGUUAACUGGACUGAAUCGUUACAAUAAAUAGUACGUACUUUGUUAAACCAAAACUCGUCCCAGCCUCCUUGUACUGUCGACUGAAAGUAAUGCACAAUUCAUUUCUCCAACCACUGUAAGCUGAUAUUUUGUGUCUUUUUUCUUUUUCUUUUUUUAAUAUCGGUUCUAGUGGACGCGAUCUUUUGACUGCCGAUUCUGUAGCAACUGCAGGCUUGCCUACCUUCCAGAAUUUUUAGGGAAAUUUGCGAAUUGCAAUUGUCAUUCUGUACCUUCCCUGGAAUGUCAGUUUCCUGAAAAUCACGAUGUACCCUCCCCCCCCCCCCCCAAAUUUUUUUUUUCCUAGAAAGAUACAGGGAGGGGUCUACAUGGGGCUGCUUCUGUGUUAGAGCUGUGUGUAGUAACUGUACUGUAAGAUUCUCAUCUCUUUUUCAUCUCUCUCUCUCUCUGUCUCUCUCUCUCUCUCUCUCUCUCUCUCUCUCUCUGUUUCUCCACUGGUUUGUUUGAGCUGUUUUUGUGGUGUGGGUGUUUUUUUUAGUAGCUUUAGUAGCCUAUCCAGCGCAAUCAAAAUUCCAGAAUUCACUAUCUCAAAAGUUGGCAAGCCUGCAACUGUCAUUUAACUUUGACUGAAAAAUGACUUGAGCGUUUCUCUUUCUAGUAAGUGAAAAGGAGAAAUGUCAGUGGGUUCGACUCCCUACUGGCAGCUUAGAUAUUUAUAGGUUGGCUUUGGAAGACCACAGUGUUUAAGGUCACGUUUCAUAUAUCUGUCAGUUUUUUACAAUGCGUUUGUCAUGUGUGUGCGUCCAAGCGGAGCGAUUCGUUCCAGGUCAGUGAGCAAACAUUUGCUUAACCCUUUGAGCUCUGAACGUACAGGACCUGUGCAUCUUGUCUUGCCUCAGUGACAGAUGCUAGGUUUACACAUGUGCGUGCUGGGGUGUGUGUUCAGUGUGCUCAGGCGUGCGUGCAUUCAGCGUGUAGAAUGGUAAUGGUAGCUUUUGCAUGUUCCUGUAGGGUUAAAGCUAUUGUGUGGGUGGUUGGCGGGUGCUCUGGUGUAGUUUGCUUCUUCUUUCCUUCCUGUCAAACAUCUAUCGUCCUUAUCUCCCCUUCUUCUUGUUUAUGUUUGUUACUCUCUUGUAACACCUCUAAUCUUCUGUGCUCAUAUGACCGUAUGCAGUUGCGAGUGCUGUAAAACCUCUACUAAAACUAAAAAAGCUGUUGUUUUUAUCAUGGGAAACUUCUAUUCAACUUUGUGUUUAAGUUCUGCAAACCGCUUCAUGUUUGCUUGGGGUCUGAAGGGGUGCUUUUUUUUUUACAUAUAUGUAAAAAAAAAUAUAGAUCUAUGUUUUAUUUCAGAUUGUUACAUAUGUCAUGAGGGGGAUUUAAAUUUUUUAAUUUGUGAUUAUAUUUUUAAUUCUUCCCGACAACUUUUUUAAAAAAGCUACAGUUAACUAUUGGUUAGUAUAUUAGAUGAAAUAAAUUUUGUCCCUUUGUAUUGUUCUCUGUGUAUGUAUUUAUGAUUAAAAUAAACUGGACAUUCAAAUUUAUAUUUAGACCACUUGAUCCCUGGUCAAUUCUAAAUUGUGUGAUGUGACCUUGACCUACUCAACUGUUGGCAAACUUGGUGGAGAUUCACUGACAUUGUUGUACCAAGCAGGUCACGUCUCACUUACUGAUAAAACUUGUGUGUGAUAGCUUUAUAACUGUCCUGGUUUUUUGCCUUUGCGAUAGAGAAGUCAUAUUUUUGUUAUUUUUUCAACAAGUGGGUAAGCAAGUUGUUCAUUCAAUAUAUAAAGAGGAAUGUUUUAGAAUGUUUGCAUAAUGCUGUUCCCUGAAAGAGAGAGUAGUUUAGGAUUGUGGAAUGUUGUUGCUGCUCAUGAAAGAAGCAUAUCGGAGUGUACCCUCUUGUCUGUGGGUGUAUUUUAGGAGUGCUGACAUUUUGUUGUUGCUGCUCAUGAAAGAAGCAUAUCGGAGUGUACCCUCUUGUCUGUGGGUGUAUUUUAGGAGUCUUGACAUUUUGUUGUUGUUCAAACAGGAAUACUGUGGGCAUUUGAUUGUUUCUGCCGUGAUCUAAGCAGGAGAUGCUGUGUGUUCUCUUUUACACCUUGAGAGAAGGUUUUUAUUUAGAUCUGUGUUGUGCUGUGUUAAUGAAUUGUUCCUGGUGUCAGAAUGAGGAUAUUGCCUUUUUUUUGUCUUUGGCCUGUAAAGUUGAACGUCCGUCUAUCAGCCGUGCAGGGCUGCUCAUGUCACAGUGACAGAAGAAGCUACGAUUCACAUCGAGCAGGAUAGAACGAUUGUUAUCUUUUUUGAAAAUUAUCACCUUCUAAAUCAUAAAGAGUUCCCUCGUCCUUCUGUUUCCUAUUUUGUUGUCAAUUUUGGAAUUUAUGUAAGAAUACGUGUACAUUAAUCUGAAUUAAUGAGAUAACAAAUGUUGCACAUUUAUUGCCAAAGGAAAAUCUUGAACUAAAAUGUAUCAGUUUUUCCCUUGCAGGGAUUUUACUAAUAUAUUGAUUUCUGGUCAAAGUGUAUAAA